GACAGGACAGCACUGCAUAUCGCUGCCAUGAGAGGAUCCAAGCAAUGUGUACAGUACAUUCUACAGCGCCACCCUAAAUGUAUCAACCUCUUUGAUAAAAAUCAGGUGAGAAAACCUAAAAAUAUUAUACUUGAAUGCUCAGUCGUCAUAUUAAAUCAUGAAAUUUUCCGAGAAAGGAUUUAGGAAGUCCCGUCCGAAAAAUUUUCCAGAACUCAUUUUUCGGUGACCGACCAUUAACAGACUCGAAUCAAACCCCAGGUACCCCUUCCAAACUCCCUCUUUGCUAAUGUAAUAUAAUUUAUUUUGGAAUAAUUACGCGUGGAACUCCUUACGGAUGAGGUGCUUUUUGAUUUGGUUUUAAGAGAUUAAUUAUCUUUCUCCUCUCGCCCAGAACACCGCUUUACACUUGGCCGCCAUUCAUGAUUCCCCAGAAGUUGUCUCGUGCUUGCUGUCUUACCCGGAACAAGAGAUCCUUUUGAAUAAAAAGAACCAUAAUGUUCUGGACGCCGCAUUGAAUGCUGACAGGAAAAAUGUGUCACUUGCUAUAGCGAGUCACGAGAGGUUAGUUAAGAAUGUUAGCAGCAAAGAAAGACAAAAUACAAACAAACAAACAAACAAACAGACGCAAAUGCGUCCAAUUAUUUCCUCGUUAAAGUUCAAGCUCGCAGACUAGGCUCAGCUUUGCGCACGUGCCAUUUGCACGUGCGUUGCACAUGAUCAACAUACGUCUAGUACGAUCCUGUUCUUUUGAACUGAGAAUGUAGUAUGGAGGGGCAAGCAUUCGGACGUCGUUGUGUGAUCUUUUUUGCGGCUCAACUUUAUAUAUAUAGGGGUUAAAAGAAAUAUUGAGAAUUGAAGUAUUAAUUUCGGUUUAGGGCAGGGCAGGUUUUGAAAUUUUCGACAGCACAACCGUCUGCUUAUUUUCUAUUUUAGAUGUCAAAUUCUUGCGUAUAGUUAAAAGAAUAUAACAGGGAGGCAUAUUAAUUCUUGAUAUAUCAAAAUAUAUUUAAGCAUCUCUUCUUGCUUUUCAUAGAUGGCGCGAAGUACUGACGUCAUCUGCUCCCGGACACAUCGCAACGAUGCAACAUCUUGUGAUAAAAAUGCCAGAAAUUGCUAUACGGUUUAUGGAUCAGUGUAUUACAAAGGAAGGAAACCCCGACAGCGAAGAUUUCAAAGUAACAUAUGAUUUCACGAUGAUUCAAGGAGCAGAGCCUGGGCAAGAUCCUUUGGCAGUACUGAAGACCAUGUUAAAGCACCGUCGUAUCAACUGUUUGAGCCACCCUGUUUGCUAUAAUGUUAUGAGUAUAAAAUGGUAAAGACAGUAUCGAUUUAAUUUUAGUUUAUCCUUAAUAUAUACUUCUUAGAAAACCUUUGCGUACGAGCGAGCUUUUUUUCACCACCACCCUCUUCAUCGAGUUUUUGUUCUCGCCCCACUUUUCGCGCGGCCAGAGGGGCAUAGUAUGUGACAAUUAGAUCAUAAGCUCGAGAUUUCCAUCACGCAAAGAAAUUGAGAACGAAAAAUCGAAUUGUUUUAAUAUAAAUCUACUAGUCGUGUAAAACUUUAUUCAAAUCCUCUUUACAAACACUUCGAAAACGCAAAUCAGUAGCCGCCAUUUUGUUAACAACCGCACACUUCAAGGCUACUCAUUUUUUAGCACAGAACAGAUAGUGAGUAGCGUAGCC